GCAUAUGCAGUCGCCAUUUUCGUUCGUUCCACGAGGCCGGCGGGCAAGUCUAACCUUUCGGUGGUAGAGGCCUGUCCUUGAGUAGUUCACCAGCAUGCCGACUACUCUACCACCCAAAGAGAAUGCUUUGUUCAAAAGAAUACUGAAAUGCUACGAACACAAGCAGUACAAGAAUGGGCUGAAAUUUGCCAAGCAGAUCCUUUCAAAUCCAAAGUUUUCGGAGCAUGGAGAAACUUUGGCUAUGAAAGGACUCACUCUCAACUGUCUUGGAAGGAAGGAAGAAGCCUACGAAUUUGUUCGUCGAGGACUUCGGAAUGAUCUCAAAAGUCAUGUCUGUUGGCAUGUUUAUGGAUUGCUACAGAGAUCAGAUAAAAAAUACGAUGAGGCUAUCAAGUGUUAUAGGAAUGCUCUAAAAUGGGAUAAGGAAAAUAUCCAAAUCUUGCGAGAUUUGUCACUUUUACAAAUUCAGAUGCGUGACCUAGAAGGCUACAGGGAAACCAGGUACCAGUUGUUAAAGUUAAGGCCUGGUCAGAGAGCGUCCUGGAUCGGUUACGCUAUCUCUUAUCAUCUCCUCAAAGAUCAUGAAAUGGCAUUCACAAUCCUAGAAGAGUUUCGGAAAACUCAGAAUAUUUCUUCUCCAAAGUUUGACAUUGAACAUGGUGAGCUUCUCUUGUAUCAAAACAUGGUGCUCAGAGAAGCUGGAAGACCUGACAAGGCUCUGGAUCACUUGAUGGAAUAUGAACCACUGAUGCAUGAUAAACUUGUAGUGCGGGAAAUCAAAGGGUCAUUAUUUCUUGAGAUGAACCACUUCAAAGAAGCAGAGAAAGUUUUCAGAGAGUUACUCAGAAGAAAUCCAGAAAAUAGAUCUUAUUACCAAGAAUUGGAAAAAUCUUUGCAACUUGAAAAUCUUGAUGACAGAUAUAAUCUGUACAUGCAAUAUGCUGAAUCAUAUCCAAGAGCACAGGCUCCCAAGAGAAUGCCUCUGACAUUUACCAAAGGUGAAACAUUUGCCAGAUUAAUUGACAACUACAUGAGGCCAGCAAUUCAUAAAGGAGUGCCUCCAUUGUUUAACAACAUCAGGAAUUUAUAUACAGAAAAAGACAAGGUAAAGAUUGUUGAAAAUAUAGCCCUGGGUUAUCUGGACAAUUUGAAUACCUUUGGAACUUUGACAGGGAAAGGUGGCGAUCUUGAACCUCCGACGGCAAUCCUCUGGGUUUACCACUUUCUCGCCCAGCAUUUUGAUUAUUUGCGUGACAGCAAGAAAGCGAUGGAGUACAUAGACAAAGCUUUAGAACACACACCAACACUGAUUGAGGCUUACAUGGUCAAGGCCAGGAUAUACAAGCAUGGUGGUGACAUGGAGAAGGCAGCACAUUGUAUGGAUGAAGCUCGAUCUCUGGACACUGCCGAUAGAUAUGUCAAUUGCAAAUGUGCUAAGUACCAGCUACGUGCCAAUCAAGUUCAGAAGGCUGAGGACACUUGUGGUUUAUUCACAAGGGAAGGGGUUGGUGCUGCCGAGAACCUAAAUGAAAUGCAGUGCAUGUGGUUUCAAACGGAGAGCGGUUAUGCUCUGCAGAGACUCGGCAAACUAGGAGAGGCGUUGAAGAAAGCUCACGAGAUCGAGAGACAUUUUGACGAAAUAACCGAGGAUCAGUUUGACUUCCACACCUACUGCAUGAGGAAAAUGACGUUACGAGCUUAUGUGAGAUUACUCCGCCUUGAGGAUAUUCUCAGAAGCCAUAGAUUUUAUUUCAAAGCUGCCAAAAUGGCCAUAGAGUGUUACGUCCGGCUUCAUGACAAGCCAUUGGCAGCAAGCGACGAAGAUGCUGAGGCAGGGUCGAGCGAACUGUCAGCCAAAGACCUGAAAAAGCUUCGCAGCAAACAGAGAAGAGCUGAAAAGAAAGCUCAAGAAAAUAAGAAAGCAACCAGUGAUGUAAAAGAAACAAAAGACAGUGAGAAGAAAGCUGAUCCGUUAAAAGAACCGCCUUUGGAAUCAGAUGCAUUAGUCAGGGUUUCAGAUCCUCUUGAACAAGCUCUAAAGUUCCUGCGGCCAUUACAGAAUUUGGCGUCCAACAGAAUAGAAACUCAUUUGUUGGCCUAUGAAGUCUUCAUCCGGAAAUGCAAACUUCUGUUGAUGUUGCAAUCCGUCAAACGUGCACAUGCCAUUAACCCGAACCAUCCUAAACUGCAUGAAAACUUGGUCAGGCUUGCUGUUAAAGUGUCGGAGUCGAAGGAGUUGAAGAGACCCGUUUCGACAGUUAUAGAACGAGAACUUAAAACACUGCUUGAUGGCAAAGAUCUCAAGCAGUUCAACUCGGAUUUCUUGGAACAAAAUUCACAAUCUUUGCUUCAUAGGCUUUCAGGAAGCAAAAUGCUGUGCCUUCUGGAUGCCUCAAAGGUAGACGAUGCGCUGGCGCUGGUCACUGAUCUCUCAGACACUCUUGAAGAUAGGACAUUAGAGAACUGUACGUUGAUUUACAACACGCUGUUAGAAGGAACAUUCGGUGAGUGCAGUGAUUUGACAAAAGAGUACUUCCUCAAAUGCAGGACUCUAUUUCCUUUGGCUACGGUCUUCGCCAAGGACGACGGAGCUGUGAACGGCCUGGAGGGAAACCAGACGAGCGGCACUGAACCGCUAUGCGACGGUGUGGCGUGAAAUAAUCAACAGAAAACAAAGGAACAAUACUGCGAUUUUACCGAGAAAAGCCAAACGGAUCUUUUAAAUUGGUGGAGCAUUGGAGUAACGGGCUUAAACGAUGACCUGCUUCUCGUAAACUGUGUUCCAAGAUUUUUAAUACUUAUUCAAGAAUGCUCAAGACUCGACCACUUAUAUGGGUAGAGUUGUUACCCAUACGAAGACUUGAAAGCGUUCGUGCGAUACCUCGCAAAGAGCUGUUUUGAUGAAUUAUUGACACAAACAAUGUACGAAUUACACGCGAGGUUAUACCUGAACAGUGCGCUCACAGUGCGCGUUCGUCACAACGUGUCACGCCAGAGAUUUUGACUUCGAAUAAAUGAAGAAUGACUGUAACUAGAGACAAGCCAUGAUUCUGCUAUCUCAUGAAUUCGCUUUUCAUCAUUUGAAUCACAGUACGGUGUAUUUUGAAUAAUAAAUGAUCAAUUCACGGAA